UCAAAUAAGAGGAGUUUUAAAAUGAGAGGAUAAGAGGAUGAAACAGUGGCCAUUGGAUUAAUUAGAUGGCUGUGAUUAAAAGAAAUGGUUUAAUGACUCACGUGACUCCUUCUCCCCAAUUUUCCAAUUUUCCAAAACGCGCGUUGCUUGCUUUCUCUCCAUAUUUUGUUGACGUUCUUUCUUCUUCUCAUCACUGACCUUCUCACUUCUCUCCAACCAUGGACAAAGAUACAUCAAUUUGAAUACUAAAACUUGCACUUACGUUCAACAAUCAUUAUGGACAAAGAUUCAUCAACUUGUUUUCAAAUUCCUCAGGAAUAUGAAUGUGAGCCAAAUUUUGACGAUGAAUUAAAGCCUAAGAUUGGACAAGUAUUUGAUACAUUAGAUGAAGGUAAAAAAUUUUAUGAAAAAUACGCACUCUCUGUCGGAUUUAGUGUGCGUUCAGCAUCAUCGACUAUAGAUAAAAAAGGCGUGAAGCGUUGGAAGUAUUUUGUUUGCUCGAAAGAGGGUUAUUUGGCAAAGAAGAAGGAUGAUAAGGAGGAAAGUGAAUCUACUGUCAAGGCUAGAAGAAGAAGGGCUUUAACAAGAGAAGGAUGCAAUGCAAAUGUUGGUUUCAAAUGGGUAGGGGAAAGUAAGUACGAGAUAGCUCGAUUUCAUGAAAGCCAUACCCAUCCACUUGCUUCACCUAUGAAGAGACCGUUUCUAAGGACUGCAAGGAAGGUUAAUCCAUUUCACAAAAGCUUAUUACAUGCAUGUAGUAGAGCAAAUAUUGGACCUUCAAAAGCUUUCCACUUAUUAAAAGAACAGUGUGGGGGUUAUGAAAAUGUUGGAUGCACGCAGAGAGAUCUUCAAAACUAUUCCAGAGAUUUAAAGUCUUUGAAUAAAGAUUCUGAUGCACAUGUUUUGAUAGAUUACUUUAGAAGAAAGCAAGAAGUUAAUCCAUCCUUUUAUUAUGCAUAUGAGGUAGGUGAAGAAGGCCGGCUGAAGCAUGUUUUCUGGGCAGAUGGUAUUUGUAGGAAAAAUUAUUCCUUAUUUGGGGAUGUGGUUUCAUUUGAUACUACAUAUGAAACAAAUAUGUAUCAUUUAAUUUUUGCACCUUUCACCGGGAUAAACCAUCAUCGACAAUCUAUUACGUUCGGAGUAGGACUUAUAACAAAUGAGAAAAGUGAUUCAUUCGUAUGGUUGUUUGAAAAGUUUUUGGAAGCAAUGGGUGGACAUAAGCCAACUCUUAUAAUAACCGAUCAAGAUCCUUCCAUGAAAGUGGCUAUAGAAAAGAUUUUUGAUACUUCUACUCAUAGAUUGUGCAUGUGGCAUAUCAUGAAAAAAGUUUCUGAAAAAGUAGGUGUGUCCAUGAAUGAUGAUGAUGAGUUCAACAAAAGUUUCAAGUCAUGUGUUUGGGGUUCAGAGACACCAAAUGAGUUUGAAGAGACUUGGGCAUUUUUUAUGACAAGGUUCGAGUUAGAAAAGAAUAAGUGGUUGUUACAUAUGUUUGAAAUUCGAAGGAUGUGGAUCCCAGCAUACUUCAAAGACACUUUUAUGGCUGGGAUAUUGAGAACAACAUCAAGAUCAGAAAGUGAGAAUUCUUUUUAUGGUAAUUUCCUGAAUCCUAAUGUUAACUUGGUUGAAUUUUGGAUGAGGUUUGAUUCAGCAAUAGAAGCGCAACGACAGAAGGAGUUACUGGCUGAUAAUAACUCUAUUCAUUCUAAACCAAAACUAAAGUUGGAACGUGGUAUAGAGAGGCAUGCAAGAGAUGUUGGCGUAUAA